AUGGCUCAAAUAGAAGCUGAUGUUGGUGUUGUUGGCGCGGGAGUAAUGGGCUUGGCUGCCUCGUUACUUCUUGUCGAGGCCGGAUACAGAGUGACUGUUGUUGCCCAACACCUUGCAGGGGACUUAACACCCAAUUGGACAAGUCCUUGGGCCGGGGCUUUGCUAGCACCUCACCCAGACGCCGGGUUUCCAGAUAUUCAGGAAACUUCAUUAAAGAGAUGGCAUAAGCUUCGACGUGAAUGUAGAGAUGCGGGCGUUGAGGAACGCGAGAUUCAUGAGUAUUACGACAACCGGAAGGAUCUAUCUUCCAUCUGGUAUAAGCGAAUUUACCCGGAUCUCACUGCUAUUCCCACAGAAGAUCUUGUUUUUGGAGCGCAAAUUGGGUUCAAGUACCGCGGCCUGAUUGUUGAUCCUAAUGCCUUCUUGCCCUGGUUAAUGAGACUUCUGAAAGAGAAGGGUGUCAAAUUUAUCCAGAGACGGAUUUCAAGCCUGGAUGAGUUGAAGAGCAUCACCGGUGCCAGCAUUCUUGUCAACGCGUCUGGUCUGGGCGCGCGAGAGCUCGCAAAUGAUGAGAAGGUUCAUGCCGUCCGAGGGCAGACCAUGUUUGUCCCGUGUGAUAGCCGAAACAUGGACAGAGUGACCAUCCACCAAGGCUCACAUUACACUUAUGCGAUCCCACGCAUUGCUAGUGGGGGUGUUAUCCUCGGAGGUGUGGCUCAGCCUGAUAACCAUAGUCGGGAUAUUGACCCAACGACGCGAGACGAUAUUAUUCGCCGCGUCAAUGAGUUAACCAGGGGCCAAUUCUCUUGGGUAGAUCCAAAAGGAGCUAUUGUCAAGGAUAUCGUUGGUUUCCGCCCUGCGAGAACUGGAGGCAUCCGCGUUGAAAGGGAGGACCGAAUCAUUCACGCCUAUGGAUUGGGAGCUCUUGGCUAUGUGUUCGCAUUUGGCGCCGCAGAGAAAGUCGUCUCCCUUAUCCAAGAAGUGAACCGGGCAAAGCUUUGA